AUGCAGGCACAGCGUGACGGGGGCCGCCUGAGCGCGGCCAUCUGCGCCACACCGGCGGUGUUCCUCCAGGCCAAGGGGCUGCUUGACGGCAAGAAGGCGACCGCGCACCCCGCAUUCGCCGACAAGCUGGUGGACCAGAGCGCGGUGGCACAGCGCGUGGUGGUUGACGGCAGACUGACCACCAGUCGCGGCCCCGGGACAGCGUUUGAGUUUGCCCUUGAGCUGGUGAAGCAGCUGUACUCAGAGGACAAGGCCCGGGAGGUGGCGGGACCCAUGGUGCUGCCAGAUGGCUUCAAGGUGUGA